CUCCGGAGAUUUAGUAAGAAGCUUCUCAUAUAAAAAUUAGGGAAAUAUCGGAUUAAAAUCGAUUAUAGCUUACUGCAAGUGAUUAUAAUCGAAGGAACAGUUAUUCUGCUAUACAGAUCGGUUAAAAUUGUCUAACGCUGAUUUUAAUUGAAAGCCUCUCGUUUAUGGAAUAUAUAAUAGAACUAAUAGUUUAGUCUGCUUAAGAAUUAGAGAGUUUAUAUAGAUUGUCUCCCUUAUUUUGUCACCAUAACAUAUGCAUAAAUUUAAUAUAAUAAUAUGUUUAAUGUGUUUUAUUUUGUAAAAAAUAAAACAUGACUAUAAUCAAUAAGCAAGAAUAUAAUAAUAUUAAAGAUAGUGAUGAUGGGAUGAUGAUCAGUACAAUAACAAUAAAUAAUGUAAAGACAAAGACCGAGAGAAAAACAAGAUCAUAUAUAGAUCAUGAAAAAAGGAAAAUUCGAAAACACUAUAGGAAAAAAGAAAGACCCAAAAGAAAUAGGUCAUGUUUUCACAUAGGAUAUCUUAGGACAGGAUUCUAGUUUUUCUUGAAUGGAUUCACUCAAGAGAACUUUCCAAGUAGCGCUUCACAAGCUGUAUCGACUGCACAUGUCAUUCUGUGGUUUAUGUAGUUGGUUGCUCCGAAAAUCGGGCUUUACGACCAGAGUUUUCAAGUUUCCACAAAACCUGUCGUGAUCCGCUCAGCAAAACGUUCCAACAAAGGCAUUGUACUUUCCAAGGAGAGCUCGGCAAACUCUAUCGGUUGCACAUAUCUGUAUUUCGGGAUGUGGCUGUGAGUGUGGCGUGUGUGCGAUGUUGAUAUGGGAUGUUGGUCAAGGCGAAGACCAAUACCCACACCCACAUCAACACCCCACACACGCCAUAUGCACACCCAUACUCAUACCCAAUGGAUUAAUCUUUAAAUUCAUAUAACUUGCUACAGAAACGCUCAAUUAUGAUGCCCUAACAGUAUAUGAGAGGUCGCCAUUAGAUACAUUACAGGACAUCACCGUUUGCUUCUAAUGGCUUCUUAACAAAACACUAUAAAAGGGACAAGUUUGUCCCAGAACUUUUGCCCUCCCCCUGUAGAAGAAGUACUUGUGUGAAGUAUGAAUAAGACGCAGUUUGUGGUAUUGCAAAUCAACGAUUAAUCAGCAGCAUUUAACUCAUGGUAUCCCUGGUUUUGAAUAUAUGACAGUAGCUCUGCGUGUAAAAAUAUGCGUGUCUCUCAGGGUUUCCAGAUCUUCUGGAUUUUACAGAAAAACUUUGGAAUUAGUCAGUUUUUCUAGAAUCUUUCUGGUUUCCGGAUUGCAGAUAUUUUCUAUAUUAAUCAUAUUUUAUCUGUCUGUUAAUAUUUAUAAAAAUUGACCAAUGAUUCGAAAAAAGUUUUGUUUUUCUUGUAUUGGCCAACUGAAAAGAUGCAUUAUUUUUUCUUCAUUCUUUCGUAUAGUGUCUCCCUUUGUUCUUAUUCAACGACCAUAAAAUGAAUGAGCAAUGCAAUUUGUAAUUUACAUUCAUCAUUUUCUUACAGACUCUGAGCAUUUAAUUAAAAUGAACCAACAAAGGUUAUUUGUACAAAACAAACAAUCAUCAAAAACGCUAGCAAUACAAGAUAAAAUUUAUGAGCCCAAUUGAGUUAGAGAUAGGCCAAAUGUCAAGUAUUUUUUAUUUGCUUUUCUGAAAGAAAGAGUAAAACGUGAGAAAUAUAAAAGUUUGUUUGUCUGUCCAAGCCACUCAGAUACGAGUUGUUUUUAUUUUAAGACUUGUUGGCAAGGGGGAAACAGCGAACUUCAGGACUUCAAUGGAUUUUAUUGGACUUCAAUGAACUGAAAUCCGCUGUUUCUCCCUUGGAAGUAGCACUAUCAUGUAGCUUUUUCAUUUUGAGUCUGGGAAGAACCAUCAGAACAAGUCAAUAGGAAUUUGUUAAUACAAUUUUUGUAGAGCUUUUCAUGGCGCAUCUUCUAAAAAAUAAAACAAGAUUUUAUCAUUUUGUCAAAUCGAGCUGUAUGCGAAAUGAAAAAUGUCGCAAAACUUUUGCAACACCCAGUAUAUAAGAAAAAAAGGACAUGCAGUAAGUAAUACGUCGAUGCCAUCACGGUUGCAUACAUUUCAGUCGAUGCUUUGAUUUAAAAUUUGUUCGACCAUCAUAAUGCAAUGGGAGGCACAAAAUUCCAGGCAAAGAACGACGAAAAGCAAAGGAACUAACCAAUGACAAUGAUAUGCCAUGGAUUGCUGAUGGCAAAGAGAAAGAAUUUGUUUUUCUUUUUCUUAGUGUAAUAUAAUAGUUAGUUUUUUUCUUUUCUAGGUAGGAGGUCACGAUAUUUGAAUACAUGAAGUGCAAUUAAAAAGGUUCUCUGGAAGAAUGAUUACUCGUUCCUUCUAUUUUUGUGUCACAAUAAAUUGAAACUAUUAUUUUGUUUUCGAUGGUCUCACGCAGUGUUUUAGUUCUCCUCUAUUUGCCCUGCGAAGCAUGAAUUCUGAUGAAUCAGUCUUCUUUGACAUAGUUAAAGAAAAGCUCCCAGUGAACUAAUUAUUUGUUUGUACAGUACUUAUGUCAUAAUUAUGUAGAACUGUAUUCUAACUUGAUAUUUCGCGGUAGGCUAUUUCACUGUAAUUCUCCCAUCACUUUUCGUAAGUAUGAGUCUCGAUGAAGAAGUGUAGAUGGUUCGACUCAAAAGUGAUCCAAUACUGGCAAUUAUUUGCUUUACCUUGCAUUCACGUGUCGUAAUUAUUUACACUCAUUUUCUUUACGUUCUCUUCCAUGUAUGAUGUUUUGUCACUGUGUUAUAGUUCUCCAGCGUCUCUCUUAAUGAUAGUGUGCUACUAUGAAUUAGUCUGCUUUUCUUUUUGAAAUUGAAUAGAGUCCCAAUUUGAGUUAUUACUUGCUUUGCUUUAACUUCGUGUAUUAUAUUCAUUUAGAGUUUUGUGUCUGACCCGUUUAGUCGUAUUUUAUUGUGUUUUGGUUUUCUUUCUGUCCGACUGGUAAGUUAAUCCACAUGAACGAGUUUUGUUAGCACCGUAAUGGAUCAUUGAUGAGUAUGAAUAGAAUAGCAAUGCUUAUAUGCUGUGGAAUCGAGUACACAAUAAGAAUGGCGAAUUUCAGAGUUCUCGUUAGCACUCCUGAAAGCAGAACAUGAGAGUUAAACUUUUAAUCAAAAGGCACCCGAAACGUUCAUACUUACUUAAGAAGGCGGCAUUGAAGAAGAGGAAAGUGUUAAGAUUUCGUAACUAUUGAUAACAGUAAUGAAUAAUUGGCGAAUGAAGGAUCUAAAUCUACAAUCUAUCAAUCCCUCCAAGUUUUCUAUUUAUGUUUCAAAUAGAUAAGGCAUAUUUUUUGUCAAUAAUAACGUUGUUUAAGUUUGAAGCAAGACUUGCAUGGUUGAAGAGUCAGAUUCUAUGUAUAGCUUAUUAUAGUAUCUCCAAUAAGUUUUGCGAAGCACGAUUGCUAAUGAGUAUUGAAGUUAUAUAGCGAGAAAAUGGUACCACUUUACGAAAUAUCAUAAAAGACAGAUAACAUGUAGCUAUGGCUCUGCUUAACGAAUGAAACCGAUCCAUGGUGUUUCACAUUUUAACUCCUCAGGAAUUAUUCUAAAAGUUGUUUUUUUUUCAUUGAAAAGAGGCCACUUCCCCACAAUUUAGACAAAUUUUAUAAAAACCACUCGUCGCUUCGAAAAAGGUGUCUUCACCGAUGAAAAAAAAACAACUCGGCAGGAAAACGUGAACUAACCAUAUAUGGAAAUAGAUUCUUCAACCUCAUAGACUUUUGUUCAUAUUUGAAAAAUCUUUGUUUUUCACCAAAAAGACGCCUCCUCUAUUUGAUACACAGCUGGAUAGCUUGAGUAAAUGAAUGGCUAGUAUUUUCGGUAUCUCACUCACUACUUGCAUGUUAUUCUUAUCACUAGUAGUGAGACUUUGGUCCAUUGUGUCUGUCCAAUGCUCUCUUAAUUAACAGAUUUAAAUAUUUUCAUUACCAGAUAACUAGGAAUGUGAAUACCAAUCGAACUGAACCUCCUCAUUCCACGGACAGAUGCGAUGGGUGUAAGAGAAGGCUGUUCGCUAAUUAAUUAAUUCCUCGAAACGUUGGAACUUCAUUUAGUAUAUUUGCAUUAAAAUAUACCUGGUUUUCAUGGAUUCUAGCUAAAUAUCUUAGUAGACUCUGAUGAACAGUAUUUUUGACUAUUCAAAACUUUAACAAUCGCUUCGAAAAGUUUCAAAAUUAUUUUGAUUUUCGGGACAACCUUUUUAAUUAAAACGUAUAGAAAUAUAUGCGAUUCAAUAAAAUAUGACUAUGACAAUUUGAUACACUUUAUCAUAAUAGAAGACUGAGUUUUCUAUCGCGUUGCAGAGGAAUGAAGGAGUAGGAUUUAGUGCAAAUCUAAUUGGAUAAGGCAAAUAUGCUGUAACAUCACGUUCCAGAAGUAACAAAAUUUAUCAACUGUUAAAUUCUUAUUGAAAGGUUUUUCUCUGAAUCAUAUUUUUUAUUUUAAAUAUUAAUGAAACUUAUUCUCGAGGCUCCUGUUUGUAAUCUGUUAUUAAAAUAUCACGACUAUUUGUAAAUGAUACAAAUUUACACUAGACUUUUCACUGAUCAAUAUUCAUGAAUUAAUUAUUAGUUUAAUCAAUUAUAAAUGUGCCAGUACAUGCAUGAGGCCGAUUCGAUUCAUUCGUUUAUCAUUUCAAUCGCUAAGAUUCUUUUCUUUCUCACUUGAAUAUUUAUGGCAAUUUGCAGCAGAACCUCUGCGAGUCACUGUACAUUAGUUCCAAAAUUGUUCUUCAAAAUGCUUUGAUGCUCGUUACUUUAUUAUCGUCAUACUUUGAUUGUAAGGAUGAGAGACGAUACCCUCAAAACAGGACAUUCCGUUAUGUUUCGACUGUAGACUUUGCCUCUCUCCUCCGUUCUGAGUUCAGUAAAGUACGUUACACUUCGGUUCUUUCUUUCAGUAUUAUCUCCCCAACUAUACUCCUCGCACUCACCUUACAGUCUCAGCGAUUCCACCAUGACUUUUGAAAUCUAAUAUCUACUUUGAGUACUAAACCCAUAUGAAACACCCUUCUCUGCCAUAAUGAUACGCGAGUUCUAAUAUGCCGUAUACUUGUCAAUAGUGAAAGGAAGCAAUACAUAUUAUAAUAACGAAAGAAAAUAGUUUGCAAAUGAGAGUCUAAGAAAGCUCUGAUUAAUAAGUGAAAAACUAUUUAAUACAUUUCUAAAUAGCACUGGCUGAAAUUAUCAUAAUUCCAUAACAAUAAAUGAGUUCACGGUAUAGCUCUUAUAAAGUAUUUAGGCAAUAGUAGGUUCAGAUGAUGAUAAAGUGAUAGAGCAAAACAAAAGUACUGGGAACCAACGGAUUACGAAUAGGUAAAUUAAAUACUGAGUUAACAAAAAUUAUUGCAUAUAUGCUCUCAAGACAAAAUAAUGCAUAAUUCCCAUUGUUUUAUAUCGUAAGAUUAAUGCUUAAAUAAAUCACUAACCAUUAAACUUAAUUUAUCAUAAAUAGUUUACUUCUAUCCCAAGAUGUUGAAGCAUUGUUUCGUCUUAGCGAUAGUCAUUUAGAAAUGAAAUAAUAGGACUGCUAAAGCAAAUGAAAUGUAUUGAAUUUACAGGUAUUCCAACAAGAAUUAUUAUUCAUAAAUACACACAGUCCAGUCCCAACAAUGAUCAGUACUUUUUGUAUUGUGCUGAUUGGGCUCAUUAUCAUAGGUCCAACCAAUGAGCUUCCAUCGUUAAAGGUGAGCAUAUCUAUCAAUCGAUAUUACUACAAUAAACUAUAGCUGUAUUUCAUUUUGUUAAGAGUGAUCUGAAGGCACAAAACAAGCUGGCAGAGAAUCGUAAGUUGCUAUUGACAUGUAUAAAUCAGAUUUUUCUAUUCUUUGCUUUCCUGGACAAUAAUGAUUUACUAAGUAUAUAAAAAGACAGCAGUUCAAAUUCAAUCAAAUUUAUUAGAAAAAAAAGCAGAUGGGGUGGACAUGAGUGAGAAUGUGUGGAUUGAGUGUGGGUAUCAUACGACUGUCAGUGUGAUAUGGCUUUGUGUGAACAGAGAGACGUCACCUAAACACACUCACACCCAAGAUAGUUCUUUUUUUUGGAAAAAGAAAAAUGGUGAAGACUAAGAAGUUACUAAGACAUAUUGAAUGAAGCUGACUGAUAAUAAUGUCAUUUUCUAAGAUUUUUUCUUCAUUACCCGACAGAUGAUUCAAUAAUAGUUGAGUGUAUUUCACUUAGAGCAGAUAUAAACUGAAAUUGAGUCGCUAGCGAAGUAGCUGAUGUUGAUGCAAGUGAGACGAAUAAUUUCUACAAUCCAAAACUUAUAAAUAGUUGAUAAAAAUUGAAUAAAAAAGUUCUCUUUUGAAUAGUUAGUCGAUCAUAUGUAAGCAAUAUUGCCGGUGUCACGACAAAUUACUCAAGUACAUUAAACAGUGAUAGUUCUACUUUCACAAGAAAUGGUAGCUCAGGUACAUUUUAUUAUGAAGCAAUUCAAGUUACAGUAAAUAGAACUGGCAAUUACACACUCAGAAGUAAUUGUGCGACAGAUACAUAUGGCUACUUAUAUGUGAAUAAUUUCAAUUCAUAUGAUGUCUCAUCUAACCUCGUUAAAUGUGAUGAUGAUGCUGGUGGAAAUUUCCAAUUUUCAAUGACUUACACACUUCAAGCUGGUACAACUUACAUUUUGGUUUUUACAACAUAUAGUUCUAAUGUUAUGACACCAUUUUCAAUUAAUGUUGUUGGUCCAACUAGUGUUUCUCUUCGUCGAAUGAAUAUCAUAUCAACAGCACCAUCAACUACUAGAAUGACAACAUUAAUGACAACCGGUAAGCAUUCUUUAUUGAUUUUCGACUCAUUUCUUUUUCUAAUGAUAUCAUAA